AUGGAAAAAGAGAAAGACAAAAAGGGCCACGGAGUCACGCAGGUCGGCGGGUUCUUGCAGCGCCUCAAGAAGAAGGCGCAGAACAAGUUCCGCGGAGGCGACGAUGGGAACGGCGGCGUGACAGCUGAGGAGAAAUCCGUCAAGGUGAGUUCCAAGCCCAAAAACAUUGGUUUUAUGGGGCUUGCGCAAAGUUUUUGAAAUUUUCAAGUUUUCGUGGUGGGACAAAAAAAUUUUUUCUUUGAACUUUGACUAGGCUUGGAAAAUACGGAAAAUCAAGAAUUUCUAAGACAUUUUCUGAGACAUUUCUGACAUUUCUCGCCGGAAUCUUGCGUAAGCCACCGAUUUUUUCGUUGCAAAUUAUUGAAAAGUUGCUGAAUUUCAAUUCUAACCAGUUUUUUUAGAAAAAGGAUAAUCAAAAGCAGACGCAGGCCCGUAGGAAGAAGAAUACGGCUACGAAUACUCCCAAGGAAAGCAAAUCAGAUGAUACCGCAUCCUCUAUGGUCAUGAAGAAGAAAGACCGAGAACGCGACAAAGAUAAAGAAAAAGAGAGCGGAUUGGAUGCCUCCAGAAGUGUCAAAAAGAAGAAGUGAGUUUGAUUAUAACACUACGGCAGACGUAUUUUACGUUCAAACCACUUCUGAGGCUUUUGCAACCAUUUUGCGUCCCUGAAACAGAAUGCCAAAAAAUGGCGGGAAAUUCGAAUUUUGAAUUUCACACUAUGCCUUUUUUAGUGGGAGAUGGAGUGUUGGUAUUUUACCUUUUUUGAAUUAAUUCGAUCCCUUUUGAGCCCAUAAAACACAAUGCCAAAUUUGGGCGGGAAAUUUAAAAUUUGAAUUCUUUGGCAUAAUUAGUACGUUAUCGAACUGAGACGGUUGUAUUUUACUCCACGCUCACUUCCAAAGCGAUUGGAUCACCUUUUGAGCCUUGCAACAGAAUGCCAGAAUCUGUGGGAAAGCCGGAAUUCAAAACUAAAGUUUCGAUUUCAGCCAUAAAAAGAAAGCACCGAACGCCAACGUCACCGUAAUGAAGGUGGUUGAGACGGAAACCCAAAUAAAGGAGGUCCCGGAGACCGUCACCGACAAAUUCAACUUCAUUCCGACCAUGUUGAACAAGGAGUUGAGCGGGAUCCGAAAAGAAUUCAACGACAUCAAGGCCGAAGACAAGGCAAAGGUCCAUAUGGCCAUGGCGUGUCAAGAUCCCGCGAAUGCGGACAAGAAUCGCUACAAGGUGAGAGAAACCGCGGUGUUUUUGUGUUUAGAGCGUGCUUUGAAAUCUGCAUGUUUUCGUGGUGGGACUCAAAAAAUUUGCGAAUCAAAUCUUCUUGAUUAAACUUUGGGGAAAUUUGUAAUAGAAUUUUCUGAAGUAUUUCUCAAGAUUUGGGCUCUUACUGUGCAGGAAUUUUUGACUUUUCGGCGGAAAAUCAAAAAAAAAAAAAAUAAAUAAAUAUGUAAAUAAAAUAAAAAUAAAAAAUUUUUUGCGAUUUUCAGCGUGAAAAAUUUGCAUUCUACCCUAAUUGGGGAACACAAUCUUUCUAGAAAAAAAUGCUGUUUUCUCAGCAUAAUUCGAAAAGGUAUAGCUGAAAACAAUUUUUUUGACUCUCCUAAUUUUCCAUAGUCUCUCAUCGGGAAAAUUGUUGAAUUUCUCGACUCUCCGCGAGAACUAGGCGCUCAAACUUUUAGCAAUCAGUGGUUGGCCCAUUGAGACUUGCUGUGCAAAAUUUCAAGUCAUUUGAGGCACUUGGGAUACUGUAAUUUGCACUUUUUUUCAGAACAUUCUCUGUCUGGACGCGUCGCGCGUUAGACUGUCGGAUGGGGGCUACUAUCACGCGAGUGCGGUGGAUUCGCGUUUUAUUCUGGCCCAGUCGCCCAUGUUCAACACUACCGCGCAAUUUUGGGAUUUGGUUCAGAACGAAGGAGUCGAAAUGGUCGGUUUUUAUUGUUUUUGUCAUCAAGUUUGCGAUUUGUUUGAAGAAUUUGAAUAUUUUUUUAAAUUUUUGCUUAUUUCGUUUGGUUUUCAGAUUGUGCAGUUGCAUCCAUGUGAUGAAGGAAGAAAGUGCGCUAGAUAUUACCCAGGAAAAGUAGGCGAAACCAACGACUUUGGAGUGUUCAAGGUCGUGAAUUGCAGAGUAAGUAGGCCACAAAAAAGGUACUCCGCGACACUGAAUUACUAUGGUAGCCCUAUAGUUUUAAGGGUACCUACGAAGGCUGUGGCGACUCAUUUAGUUCCAUACGGAGGCAAUAAGUUUAGUUCCGGACAUGUUUCAUCGUAUAAAGUGUAAAAUCACAGGCUGCAGCCGUUUUUGAAGGGUAAGGUGGUACGUAAAAAAGAAGGUACCUCGCUAACUAAAUCCACUGUCCGGGCAUUGACAACGAUGAAUUGAGCGUGCACGCUAAAUUUGGGCUAAUUCCGACCAGUUACCGUAAAGUUAUAAGUUGUGGCCAAAAUAAGGAACUUUUACCAGUUGGACCUAUUAUUAUCAACAAUUCUUGGUUUUCAGAUCGACGCCAGCCCUGUGGAGGAGCCGACCCUCCAUUUCAGUCAUCUCAAAGUUAGCGGCCCUAAGGGCGAGCAAAAAGUCAAGCAUGUUUUCUGGUCCAAUUUCCCUCCGGUGGGCUUCCCCGAGCCUUCGAACACGAUGCCCUUCCUUUGGAAGCAAAUCAAAGGCCACAGGAAAGUGUUGGUCCAUUGCAGCUCGGGCGCAGGUCGCAGCGCCGUGCUGGUUUUUACUUGCCAAAUUCUGGAAAGAAUCCAGCAUGGAGAAGAAGCGGAUGCACCCAGGAUGUUGAGGAACCUCCGGGAGAAGCGACAUUGCGCUAUCCGCAAUGAAAUGGUGGGUUGGGAGCUGGCAAAUCAGUUCGCGUUCAUAAAGCGUACCAUUUUCCCAAUUUUUUACACUCGUUUUAUUUUCAGCAGUACGUGUACGUGAUGCGCAUCAUCCUCUUCUACUUUAUGAAGUACAAUGCUGUGGAGAUGUCGCAGAAUUUGCUCAUCUUCGUAGAUGAUUUUGAUACCUAUGCCAAAAAGUUCGAGAGAGAAGAGAAGGAAAGAAAAGAAAAGUGUCCCAUUCCUGAGGCUACGGAACCCACCGAUGAAUUUCAGAAUUGA